AUGUUCUUCAUGGCGAUCAUCUUACCGAGGCUGCUCUUUGUCAACCAGGGGAUGUGCAAGCGAGAUCCAGGCUGGAUCAUGUCGCCGCCAUUUCAUGAAGCUGACCACGAGCACGCUGUCAUUUCGACGUUCGACCUGUUCUCUAUUGGAAUUGGUCCGAGCUCAUCACACACCGUGGGACCGAUGCGUGCUGGCAACAUCUUCAUCACGGACCUGAUCGAGGCGGAUCUGCUGCAUAAGGUGCACAAGAUUCGUGUGUCGCUGUAUGGAAGUCUGGCUCUCACCGGAGAAGGCCACAUGACACCAUCUGCCUUGCUUCUGGGCCUGGAAAGCCAAAAUGUUGAGACAGUCGACACAGCUUAUGUUCCAACCCGUUUUGAGGAGAUCAAGCAGACCAAGAAAUUACACCUAGGUCAUGGCCUGUCAGACGGGAAGGGCAAGGAAAUCGAUUUUGAUUACGAUCGAGACUUCACCUGGGAAUGGGGCAGAAAGCUACCGAUGCACAGCAACGGUAUGCGGUUCAGAGUCUAUAACCAGGAUGGUGACAUGCUUGCGACCAACGACCUGUUCAGCGUGGGCGGUGGAUUUGUUGUUAAUGGGGCACUGUCAACAGACUUUGGGCAAGGCUCCAGCCCUGAGUCGGCCCCUGCAGACCCAUCCACAGCGAAGGACGCUCCGAGCACGCACCCAAAGGACCUAGCGGAGAACCUGUUUUACAAGGAAAUCAGGCGGUCCGAUGCCGCUGGUGAUCGGAGGACUGGUGCCGAGGUGCGGCCCAAGGAUGAAGGAAAGCUCCUCGAGCAAGGUGAGACGCCUGUCGAAAACAGUGGGCCACUCGCAACGGUGGAAACACCUGAUCCAAAGACGAACGUGGAGACAAGCGAGAAGGGAGCGACGCAGCCACGAUACCCCUUUCGAGAUGCGACUAGCUUGUUGGCCCUCUGCCAUAAGCACAACCUGACGAUUGCACAGCUGGUCUUUGAGAACGAGAGGAGCCAUGGCUACACGAAUGAGGAAAUUCUAGAAAAGACGUACAGGAUAUGGCAUGUCAUGGAUAACAGCAUCCUGGAGGGCGUACAAGCACCGUUAGAUUCGACCCUACCUGGCUCGCUGAAGCUGCACCGGCGUGCUCCUGCGCUGUACAAACGACUCACGCGUGGGUUGUACCCUGCGAGCGCACAAGAGAUCCCCUCAGCUGUCGCGGCUCCCAAACCCGCCAACAUCGUUGGUGGCACAGGCAUGUCUGCGUCUACAAGCCUGACACCCAAGACGCAAGGUCAGAUGAAGCCUGCUUUAUCGUACAAGCGGGGCCCUAUCCGAACGCAUGGCUCCUUCGACCACACCAUCAUGCCCACCCCUCUCCGGCGGCCAGACUUUCCAGCCAUGGACUACCUUGCGGUCUACGCCAUUGCAGUCAACGAGACCAAUGCGGCGGGCGGUCGGAUUGUGACCGCUCCCACGAACGGCGCUGCGGGUAUCAUUCCUGCUGUGCUGAAAUACGUCAUCGAGUUCAUCAGUGACGAUCCCGAGCGCGACAUUCCGACUUUCUUGCUUACGGCUGCAGCCAUCGGCAUGUUGUAUAAACGAGGCGCAACCAUCUCCGCUGCCGAAGGCGGUUGCAUGGCCGAGGUUGGCGUGGCGUGCAGCAUGGCGGCGGGUGCCUUUGCGGCGUGCAUGGGCGCAUCUCCCGAGACGAUCGAGCAGGCUGCAGAGAUUGGUAUCGAGCACAACCUUGGACUGACAUGCGACCCUAUCGGGGGCCUUGUGCAGGCGCCUUGCAUCGAACGGAACGCGCUGGGCGCAAUCAAGGCCAUCUCCAGCGCCAAUCUGGCUCUGAGCAGCUCGGGCACGGCAAAGGUUGCCCUGGAUUUCGCGAUUCAAGCGAUGAGGCUGACGGCCCAAGGGAUGCGGAAUGAAUUUAAAGAGACGAGCCUCAGCGGGCUUGCGACGAGCGUGCCCCUCAAUAUCCCCGUCAGCGUGCCUGACUGUUGA